AUGAGGCGACUUGUUCUUGUUUUGUUAAUGUACUCCCACGGGCGUAUAGUUCUAUGUUCGAAUGUUCAAUUAUCCAAAAGUAGUGAAGAGUUUGGAACUAGACUUGUAUCGGGACUACGCGAUGAUGUGAAUUUGGAUUUGUCAGAAGACGAGGAAUAUGAGGACUUACGUGCAGAGCUACUUGCGUACCACACUGCUCUUGCUUCCCUGGCAACAUCUCGAAGGUCCUUGCUAACUACUCCGUGUUGGAACCUUGGAGGUAUUUGCAUCGAUAGCAAACUUUGCACAGGAUUUCGCUCCCUUACCGAAGUACCUGGCUGUAAAGAUAAGCUAAGAGUUUGCUGUUUCGCUUGGAAUCGUUACAACGUGCGUGAUAUGAGGGAGCACGGUAUACAAACGUUGGCAUUACCGUGGUCCUUGAAAGAGGAAUUUGGUGGGAAGGGCUUAAAUGUUGUUGAAAAUAAAAAGAAAACGAAAAAGAAAUCGAAGAAAAUGAAAACGAACGAUUCAAACAAAACGCUGAGAUCACAAGUUGUAGCACUUAUUCUGAACGGGAAG